GAUACCUCCAAGAUGUGCAUAGAGGUAGCAAGAUGUGUGCAGGUCAUCGAACGAUGACAGAGGUGCCGCUUUCCUUUAUGUAAGUGAAGGACGAAAUACGUAAAACGUCUCCAGCGUGCAUCUUCAUAUUUGACUCCACUCAAAAUUCCAUUCGUCACUUGAUGGGAAGUGGCCACUCAAUUCUUCUUGCGCAAAGACUCAAGCACGACUCUGCUCACCCAGUCCCUGGUCUCCACGUGCGUUUACUAGAACAAACUUGGGGAAAAAUUGAAAUCGUCACUCGCUGCACUUUAUUUUCGCAGUCAAGAAACAAACCCGCUGGACCUACCUACUAGGUACUUGGUACAAUAUUGUGAGAACCGCACACCCCUGCUUUCCUGUUGCACUUAGCUCGCCCGCCUGUCCAAUGGUAUGCACGGCAUUAUUCCUUAGAUCUCGAGACACCGGUUUGAUUUUCUUUACGGCAGUGUCCGAUCUUUCAGGAACACAUCUUACCUUGCCUUGCCUUGCUUGCCUACCACCUACCUUACCUACCUCACCUACCUGGCUUGAUCUUACCCAAAGUCACCUAACACCACAAAUAUCAUUCUGUCCCCCGGGUGGAUGCAAUCAAGUGACCUGACGUCUCUUCCGGCCGGCAAACGCAGAGAGACUAGCACUGAGUAAAAGAAGCGGUACGUUUUCAGACUCCCCUGCCGCCUACCACAUAGUCACGAUGACUUUUUGCAGCUAGUCUGGCCUGCAAGCAACCUGGAGCACGUAGCCCAGCUCUCAAUUUAAACCCCACACAUGCUCCAAACUGCCAAACUUACUACCGCGACUCACGCGACCUCCCUUCCCCCAAAGAAAAAGCCCCUUUGGUCCCCUGGAACUGCUUAAUUCUUUGCCGCACGCACCGUUCCUGACAGACAGUUUCCGGGGUUAUUCUCGUGACCUAGUUUCUGCGAGGAUCUCAGAACAACAACCAAAACAACUCCCAUCCACUAAAUGGCCAACAACUCACCGGAUAACCACUGGAAACUAGGAACCGACCUCAAGGUGCACAUAUAGCAAGGGCGGAAAGUUGAGCUCUCUCACCACGAAAAGCGAGAGCACGCUCAUUUACUGGACACACCAAAAGACGACUCAACAGGCACCUGCAAGUGCACACAAACGUCCGGAGAGGCAUAGAGAGAUUUCAGAGUUAUGGCACCCUCAAAAAAUGGAGUUGGCGUUCGCGCUGAGGACACCAGGCUUUGCGUGGUGAUGGUGGGCCUUCCAGCGAGAGGAAAGUCGUACAUAGCACAAAAAGCUCAACGAUAUCUUCGCUGGCUCUCCAUCGAGGCAAAGACUUUCAAUGUCGGCAAUUACCGUCGCAAAGACGCUGCUCACCCGCCUGCCGACUUCUUCGACACGCAGAAUGAAGAUGGUGAGAAGAAGCGUCGGGCGGCCGCCGAGGCAGCCAUCAACGACAUGCUCAGUUGGUUCCGUAGCGGUGGCAUCGUCGGUAUCCUCGAUGCCACAAACAGCACCAAGGAUCGCCGCAAGUGGGUUCGUGAGCUGAUAGAGGCCGAGGGUAUUGAGGUCAUGUUUGUCGAAAGCAAAUGUGACGAUGAGAACCUCAUCUUGGCCAACAUUCGGGACGUCAAGACGACAAGUCCCGACUACCUGGGAAUCGACGCCGAUCAGGCUGCUACCGAUUUCCAAAAACGCAUUGAAAAUUACAAAAAGGUGUACAAGACAAUCGACGAAGACCAAGACGAGGAGGACUUGACAUAUCUUAAGAUCAUGGAUGUCGGGAAGCAGGUCAUCAUUAACCGCAUCCAGGACUACCUCGAAAGUCGGGUUGUUUAUUUCCUCAUGAACCUACACAUUCGUCCGCGGUCCAUUUGGUUGUCACGUCAUGGCGAGUCUAUGUACAAUCUUGACGGCCGUAUUGGAGGUGACUCAGAGCUGUCUCCCCGCGGUGAGGAAUACGCAAAAGCCUUGCCAGACCUCGUCAGGCAGUCUGUCGGAAAUGACCGUCCGUUAACGGUCUGGACAUCAACCCUCCGCCGUACCAUCGCCACAGCUCGCCACCUACCUCCAAACUACAACCAGCUCCAGUGGAAGGCACUCGACGAGCUUGACGCCGGCGUGUGCGAUGGCAUGACCUACCAGGAAAUCAAGAACGUUUACCCCGCUGAUUUCCAGGCUCGCGACGAGGACAAGUACAACUAUCGUUAUCGUGGGGGCGAGUCGUACCGGGACGUGGUCAUUCGACUGGAGCCCAUCAUCAUGGAGCUGGAGCGGUCUGAGGAUAUUCUCAUAGUCACCCACCAGGCCGUUCUCAGAUGUAUUUACGCCUACUUUACUGAGAAGGACCAGAGCGCCAGCCCCUGGAUGCACGUCCCACUGCACACCUUGAUCAAGCUGACGCCCCGCGCGUACGGGACCGAGGUCGAGAGGAUGAGUGCUGGCAUCGAAGCCGUCAGCACUUGGAGAGGGAAGGGCAGCACUGCCAAGCAUGAGGACCCAGUACCCGAAGCUAUGAACUAGCGGGAACGCUCUUCCUAAUUGGCGAUGAAGAUGAACCCAAGGCAGACGUGUCGCCUGGUAGCUGAUUUGUUUUACUCUCAUUUUAUCAUAUUCUUCACCUACCUGGCUCAGCCCUUUGAUGGUCAUGCGUAGGGACUGCUUUUGUGUACGCUCUGCUUUUAUUCAAACUUACGAAUCAGCGCUAUUCUGGCCAAACGCCCUGUCGUCGCCAAGGGGCUUGAGGGACGAAAAAGGAAACAAACGAAUUAGGGAUUGGGACUCGGUAUCUUAAAGAGGAUUAUUUUUUGCAUCGGUAUGGAUGAACAGGCAUUAGGUACAUGCCAGAAAUGAGCGACCAAGGAAUAAAAGAGUCUUGUGGUAUGAAUAGAUGAGGCUAGACUCUGGUCGGAUAUAUGGAGCCAUAAAGACUUCAUCAUCUGAAUCAAGAUCGUUUAUAGCCGGUACGUAUCAAGAGUUGCGUUUUUGUGCCCUUGAUUGUGCAAGCGGAGGGUGUGGUACAUGUUACAAAGGUCCCUUGGACCAGGAACAGUAUAUCUCCACCCGUAUAUGGCAUCUUUUCUCAAUUUGCCCACAAAGCGAGUAUUGCACUUCUUUGGGUCCACUCACUCACCCCAACCCACGCACGCACAAAGCCACAGCCAUCACCACCACUACCGUAGCCCCAACCACGAACCGUUUCUAACGAAGACGAAAUCACUAGGUACACACGGAAUACGUGGGCAAGCUGGCUCCGGACCUCACGAAGCCCGCAUCCCACUGCGGCGGGUCUGUCCCCACGAUUGUCCCAGCUCGACCCUGGCUGACGCAGAGCGUGUCAGCGGUGAGAAGCUGGUUGCCUAUAAAGUCGGUGCUGGCGCUGAUGCUGCCGCACAGGGAGCAGAAGAAGCCGCGGCAGGUCUGGUAGUCAAAGAUGACGCAGCUAUUGCGGGUGAGGAGGAGUUCCUGGGCGGUCGCGUAGACCUGGUCGAUGAUGACGUUGCAGUCGCGCGACGCCGGCGCCGGGUUCACGUUCUCGCACUCGUAGAAAUCGAGCGCCUUGAGCUCCUGGCGCCUGUCAAGCGCGGCCAGCGCGGCCAGCGCCGCCCACUUGGCCACGUACCGGUCGCGGCGGAGCUUGAGGCGACCGUCAAUGAACUCGUCUGGCAGCCGGCUGAGGCCUGCUCGGGGCCGCUCGCGCGUCGGCUCCCCGAGCUUUGCAGUGAAGCCGGCAGGGGCGCCCGAUGGGACGCGCGGGGGCUGCAUGCGGAAGCUGUCGCUGAUUUGGGCUGGGCGGCUGGCCGGGCGACGGGGGCGGGAUGAGGUCUGGCGGGUGUCAAGGGCCAUCGCCAGAACUAUGAAGGUGGUGACUAGGUAGAUAAGCUUCAUGGUUGUAGAUUUCGAAGGUGAGAUACGCGUUGCUCUGGAAUAAGAGUGUAGAACUAGUUGCUGGUCGUCUGCUGGCUGAAGAAACCGUGGGAAAAGUAGUCACGCAGGAUAUAGAUUUAUACUCUCAAGUGCGUUUCAUGUAUGAUUUCUUGGAUUUUCAACUUGAAAAUUGCGGGAUUCCGGGUAAGA